AUGGCUGAGCUAGUCGUGCCUCUGACCCCGCUCAUUCCAUCGCCCCCUCCUCUGACGGAACCCACAUCAACGAGCAACAACGAGGUACAUGCCAACCCGACCAUGACCUUUCUCGCAGCUGCUCAACGCGUCGGCUGCACCGUGCACCCGGCCGUGCGUUUCGACGCUGAUCGUAAGCGACCCGCCGCCCAUCUCGUUGCCUUGUCAGGCCUCUCAGAUCCCACCCACGCGCUAUGCUUGAGCGUCGACACACAGCCUCUCACAGCCUGUGCUUCAUUUCAUCUCGAUCUGGUUGCAGCCCCGUUUCACUGCCAUGUUGACGCUGAUGUGCCCAAAGACACGCUCAUGUUCGCACUACCCCUACAUUUGGUGCUCACGCCCGAUCCCGGGACUGAUCUGCCAAACGCCGGCAAACACGCUGGCCUCGUGCUGACCCUUGCCCAAAGAUUGCAUUGUCAGCACGAUGGCCACUCGCACCUUUCCUCCCUAUCACAUAUUCGCCCAGAGCCCGAGCCCGAGCCACCCUCCAAGAAGACGCCCGAAAGUGACUUUUGGCGCCAGUAUCUUGCCGCUGCCGCGGUUCCUGAUGCCGCCCUCUACUGGGAUGAGGCGCGGGUACAUGCAUUGCGUGGCACAAAUCUUGCCGCCAGCUUGCCCACUCAGCAGGCCGAGUUGGCUCGCCAGCUUGCUGCCCUUCAUGCCAGUGACUAUGCCCAGCGUCACCAGAUUCCCGUCACCACCCUUCGCCACGCCCAUCAACUCGUGCUUUCCCGUGCCUUUGCGCGCGAUUCGCUCCCGCCCUUGCCAGCCUCUUUUGCCUCUCACGCCGCCUACCUUCUCCCCAUCUUUGACGCGCUCAACCAUUCCCACACCCUGGUAAAUUUGCGCUUUGUCCUUGAAGAUCAGGCCCUCGGCUUUCGGACCACCCAACCCGUACCCCGAGGCGGCCGCCUCUACAACACCUACGGAGACCGAACGAAUGAGGAACUGCUAUGCUCCUACGGCUUUGAACUUGCAGAACCCAGCUGCGAUGCCGUCACUUUAGCCCUCGUCCUACCGGACAUCCCGCCCGCGUCUGCCGCCUGGCUCGCCCAACACUUGCCCCGUGAUUGGGUCACCGAACCUCUGGCCGCUGACAAACUGCGCCUUCGCGCAGUUCUGCGGUCUGACAACUGGGCCUGGCUCAUUCUUGCCAUCCUCAUCAGCGAAGGAUUGGAUUUGGACGGCCCCCUUGAUAGUUGCCAGAUACAACCGCUUCUGCAAGGCCUGCCCCACGAGUUUGUCAAAGCCGGCGUGGCGCCGCUUCUCCAACGGCUAGCGGCUUUGGCACAAUGCACCUCAGCUCCCGCCACCGGUGCCCCAGGCCACCUUUACGUCACCGGUGUUCAGCGCAUUUGCGCCCACAUUCAGCAACAAGCCACAGCCCUGUUAGCACAAUGCACCGAUGACUCUGAUUAG